AUGUCUAUAUCAAGGUAUUGGCUUACCCGGAGUGGAGAUGAAAGUAAAAAUUUUGAGUGGCAUGCUGUUGCAUCAUGGACUUGGAAUGCUCAAGAUGAAACAUGUGGAAUUUGUAGGAUGGCUUUUGAUGGUUGUUGCCCUGAUUGCAAACUCCCCGGGGAUGAUUGCCCAUUGAUUUGGGGUGCAUGCAACCAUGCUUUCCAUCUUCAUUGCAUCCUUAAAUGGGUGAAUGCACAGACUUCUCAGGCUCAUUGCCCCAUGUGCCGCAGAGAAUGGCAAUUCAAGGGAUGAGAGCACAAUUGUAUUACUUUAUUUACAUUACAUUUGUCCAGCGCAUGACUUGAUUGAGAAUUGAAACAGAGCAUGUGUUUUCUCGUGUGCUUGAAUUUUUAAACACUUCUAGUUGGACCUUUCUAUAUGGAAUGUGAAUGGUCAAAGUUCCAUCCUA